AUGCGAUUAUUAUUGAAAGGUCUCGCCGGUGUGUGGAAAACGCACGCGCGCGACAUCUCGAUUAAGAAUUCGCUUCCGAAGCCUCCAGUUCCGACGCUCAAGGAGACUCUUGACAGAUAUCUCGAGUAUGCGGCCGUCGUCGCCGUCGGUCAAAAAGCGUCGCUGGCGCCGACGCACGAAGCGGCCGCCAAGUUCGUCGAGCAAGCCGCUCCGCUGCAGGACCAACUUCUCGAAAUAUCGAAGAAGCACGUGAAUUGGGCCACCAAAUUCUGGCUACCCGAGAUGUACCUUCGAGUGCGUCUGCCGGUGCCGGUCAACUCGAAUCCCGGCUACAUUUUCCCGCGUGCGCAAUUCCGCUCGAAAGCCGACCAUUUGAAAUACGCGGCGCUUCUCACGCGCGGUCUGAUCGAAUUCAAGAACAAAAUCGAUUUGAAGGAAAUUGAGCCGGAACGCUCGACGGGCACCCAGAAGCUCUACAUGUGCAUGGAGCAGUACGAUCGCAUUCUGAAUUGCUAUCGCGAGCCGGGCGUUGUCGAGGACACCCAAAUCCGAAAGCCGAAGACCAACAAGGGCAACGAGCAUUGCCUGGUGAUGUGCCGCAAUCAAGCGUUCAUCCUUCAUACGCGCAUCGAUGGCGCACUUUUGCCGUUUGGCGACAUUUUGCACCAAUUGGAGAAGAUCGAGGCGACGUCGGUGGUGAACGCCAACAACACCGCCAAUAUUGGCGCGUGCGGGACGGGCGAUCGCGCAGACGCGGCGCGAUUCUGGCAAGAAAUGCUCGACGUCGAGGCCAACGCGAAAUCCUACGAAUGGGUCAAAUCGGCGUUGUUCGUCGUGUGUCUCGACAUGGAUGACACCAUCGACUAUCGAUUCAAAGAAAACGACAAGGAGGCCGAGUUUGUCGCGCGCGGCCAUCACGUGCUCACCGGCCACGGCCCUCGCCGAUUCGGCCUCAAUCGUUGGUACGACGCCACCAUUCAGCUCAUCGUCUCAUCGAGCGGCGCCAAUGGUUUGUGCAUUGAGCACUCGACGGCCGAGGGCAUCGUCAUCAUGAAUAUGGCCGAGUAUGCGAUCAGACACGCGCAGAGAUUCAUGGCAAGCAAUCUGAUGAGCCAACACGUCGCCGCUCGCCGCGUCCACCCCAAAUCGCUUACAUGGCACUUCAGCGAGACGGCUCGCGAGUUGCUCAAGAAGCAAGUCGACACGUUCGACGAGCUCGCCUCCGAGCUUGAUCUCGACGUUCUCAUAUUCGACGAGUUCGGCAAAGACGCCAUCAAGACGUGGAAAGUGAGCCCCGACGGAUUUGUGCAAUUGGCGAUGCAGCUCGCGCAUUACAUGACCCAUGGCUAUUUGGUGUCGACGUACGAGUCGGCGUCGAUUCGACGCUUCCGCGCCGGACGCGUCGACAACAUUCGCGCCAACACCCAGCCGGCGUUGGAGUGGGUCACCGCGAUGGGCGAUCGGUCGGCGAGCAACGCGAAGAAGCUCGAGUUGUUUCGAAACGCGGCAGCGAAACAGGCGCAAGUCACCAUUGAGAAUAUUAGUGGCUAUGGCAUCGACAAUCAUUUGUGCGCGUUGUACUGUUUGGCUAGAGAACGAGAGGAAGCCACCGGUCAGGAUAUUCCCGAAUUGUUCAUGGAUCCACUUUGGGCUGAUGUGAUGCGGUUCCCGUUGUCCACUAGCCAGGUGACCACCUCAUCCGACAUCACCGACAGCUAUCUGUGCUAUGGCGCAGUGGUGCGCGACGGCUACGGUUGCCCAUACGGCCUGCAUCCGAAUCGAAUUGUGUUCGCGCCGGCGGCGUUCAAGUCCAAUCGUCGAACCAAUUUGGCGAACUUCAAGGCGAAUUUGCGACGCGCUUGCCUCGAAAUGAAAGCCCUGCUAAUUUAG